UCAUAAGGCCAAAUGCAAAGCUAGAUUGGUAACAAAAUUAACUUCUCAUGGUGAUAUUAUACAUGUAACCUCAGCUGUCCAUACCCAUGAGCCAAUGUUUCCAGUAAUAUAACCUGUUAAGAAUUUUAUGUCAACUUUUUCAUUCAUAUAGUAUGUGUAUGUGUGUAUACCCUGUAAAACCUGUGCUACUGGUAGAAGUGAGACGUGACUUAAAAAAUGAGCAACGUAGAGUGAAUAAGGAUAUUUUACCUAUAGUGAGAAUAGAAACGAAACCAUCUCUGGCAGCAGCCAUGCAUACAAAUCGUGAUUUGGUUUUCAUUCCUGGACAAAGAGGCAGAAAUUUGUUGUUCUAUCAAAACUACACUUACUCCAAAAAUAAUGGCACUGGCAAUACCACCUAUUGGAAAUGUCGUAUUGUUAAAAAUGGCAAACCUUGCAAUGCACGCAUUACCACAUUUCUAAGACCCAAUGAAGCCACCGCUGCUGUUUAUUCUGCCACCUCUCGUGGACGUAUACAAUUGAUCUAUGGUGGCCAACCAUUCAUAUUCGAAAAGAAAAUAAAACUAGCCACCAAUGAGGAAAAGAAAUACUGGCGUUGCAAUCAAUGGUGGAAUCAGAAAUGUCGUUCACGUGUCUGUACCAUUAAUGAUAUGGUUAUUCCCCUAAAUCGUUAUCAUACUCAUGAGGAAAUUGUACGACGCAAGAAGCGUGUGCGUAAAAAUAUUCCCGCCGAUAAAAUGUUGGUAAAAGCUGAACAGCAUGAGGGGGCCGCAAAUGCAGCUUCCACUACAGCUGGCAGUAGUAUUGAUGUCAGUUCGCUGGGCAUGCAUUUAAAAUAUGAAGAAAUAGUGGCAGACGUAACGGAAAUAGUUGAACCUUCUCCCAUUGUCAUAACUAAAAAAUAGACAAAUAGUAGUUGUAAUCGAUUGUUUUUCUUUAAACUAAAUAACAAGUAACUUUAUAACUUAAUUAGAUUUUUGAAUCAAAUAAUAACCAACAACAACAACAACCACAAACAUAACAUUCUAAUUAUGCAAAAAUACUUUUAUUUUAUAUAUUUUACUUUUUGUUUUAAUUUUAUUAAUAAAAAAAUUACAAUAAAA